AUGGACCCUUUAUCAGACGUCCUUUCGCUGUUGAAGCUGCGCAGUUUCAAGUCAGGUGGUCUUGAGGCUGGCGGGAACUGGUCGAUCUCUUUCCCUCGCCACGAGGGAAUCAAGUGCUACACGGCGGUGUCGGGAGAGUGUUGGCUUGCGGUGGAGGGAAUCCCUGAUGUUGUGCGUGUCAAGCCCGGCGAUUGCUUCUUGCUACCCACCGGUACAGCGUUUCGGCUCGCCAGCGAUUUAGGUCUUGCACCGGUUGAUGCGAACACCGUGUUCCCGGUGGUGCAAGACGGCGGCGUGAGCUGCCUCAAUGGUGGGGGCGACUUCUUCAGUGUCGGCGGUCACUUUGCAUUGAGUGGCGACUUCGCCAGCGUGUUGACGAGCAACCUGCCGCCCAUCGUGCACAUCCACAACGAGUCGGACAAGGCAGUGCUUCGGUGGUGUGUCGAGGGCAUGCGACAAGAGCUACGCAACCCGCAGCCCGGCGGUUUUCUGGUGGCGCAGCAACUCGCCACCAUGAUGCUGGUGCUCGCGCUGCGAUUGCACUUGGCCGAUGGCAUGAAGGAGGGCAUCGGAUGGCUCUUUGCCUUAGCUGAUAAACGAAUGGCAGCGGCCAUCACUGCGAUGCACGCAGACCCGGCGCACCGCUGGACCCUGCAGUCGCUUGCAAAAAAGGCAGGCAUGUCUCGCACCGUGUUUGCAACGAAGUUCAAGCAGGCGGUAGGUUUGUCGCCCCUGGACUACCUCACUCGCUGGCGGAUGCUGUUGGCCGCAGAAAGACUCAAAAAUUCAGGCGCGCCCAUCACCUCCAUUGCCCAAUCGUUGGGGUAUGAAUCUGACAGCGCCUUCAGCACGGCGUUCAAACGCGUUAUGGGUUGCUCACCGAGAAACUACGCUGUGAUCCGCGGUGUAGGUUGA